ACGAAAAUGAAAGUAGAUGAAAAGUUCUGAAAACACUGGUCUCGCAGCAUAGCAGGUCAUUUAAGGACGACUGUUAGUGAAAAUGGCAGCCUGUACAGUAUUUAGAAAAGUCUUUGCUUUGAUUUUAGCAGUUUUUGUCGACAUUUCCUUCUUUCAUUUAUCGGGGUUAGUCGUGAACCACAGGGUGUUUGGACAUCUUCCGCGACUCUGGGUGUCUGCGGCUCUCCGGUGUUUGGCACUGACUGCUAUUACUCUGCUCAGCCUCAGAGAUGUCCGACCGUUAGUGUUUCGGGUUAUAUUUACACACAGUCUGCUGCCUGCGGUGCUGGAGACCGGGACCAGAGUGCUCUACCACGAGGAGACCCAGUGUGGCAUGUUGGCGGAUCUGCGCUGCUGGCUGAUGUGCGCCGGGGCGUCGCUGGCUGGGGCUCUGUUUUGGGAGAUCACCAUCCCGGACACCGAAGAUGCAGCCGCCGGUAAAGAGAAGAGGCAGAAAGCUCGAGUGCUGUUUGUGAGAGUCCUGCACCUGUACAGACCCGACUCUCUGCUGCUGUUGGGAGGACUUGUGUUCCUGACGCUGGCUGUUAUCUGUCAGAUGUUCAUCCCGUUCUACACUGGGAGAGUCAUUGACAUCCUUGGCAGUCAGUACCAGCACACUGAAUUCAUAUCUGCACUCCUCUUCAUGGGGCUGUACUCUCUGGGAAGCUCUGUGAGUGCAGGCUGCAGAGGAGGUCUCUUACUUUGUGCCAUCAGUGCCUUCGCAUGCAGAGUGAAAGCCAAGCUGUUUGGGGCUUUGACCAAACAGGAAAUUGGAUUCUUUGAGGCCGUAAAGACAGGUGAAAUUACAUCCAGGUUGUCGAAAGACACCAACUUGAUGGGGAGAACAGUGGGUCUGAAUGUCAAUGUGCUGCUGAGGACAUUCAUCAACACAAUGGGCAUGAUCUCCCUGAUGAUGAAUCUGUCAUGGAAGCUCACAUUCCUUGUGUUGAUGGAGACGCCUAUCACUGGCCUUAUUCAGAACAUCUAUGACACUCACUACCAGCGCCUGUCCCUUGCGGUGCAGGACUCAAUGGCUCUGUCAAAUGAAGUUGCAAAUGAGGUAGUAUCCAGUAUUCAUGCGGUCCGAAGCUUUAACACAGAAAAACAAGAGGCUCAGCGCUAUGACGACCGCCUGAUGGAAACACACACACUGAGGACCCGCCGGGACACUGUCAGGGCCGUUUACCUGCUCGCACAGAGGUUAACAGGGCUGGUCAUGCAGGUCCUCAUGUUGUAUUAUGGCCGGCUGUUCAUCCGGAGUGGACAGAUGACCACUGGCAACCUGGUUUCCUUCAUCCUCUACCAGUCAGACCUGGGAGACAACAUCAGGACACUUACCUACAGCUUUGGCGAUAUGCUAAACUCGGUGGGGGCUGCUGGGAAGGUCUUUGAGUACCUGGACCGAAAACCUCAGGUCAGCACGGAGGGAAAACUCAAACCGGAUCAGCUGACAGGAGACAUCAGCUUCCGUGGCGUCAACUUUGCCUAUCCAGCAUCCCCCAACAAAAAAGUGCUGCAGGACUUCUCUUUGGAGCUGAAGGCAGGUCAGAUGACGGCACUGGUGGGUCCAUCCGGAGAAGGGAAGAGCACCUGUGUGAGUCUGCUAGAGCGUUACUAUGAGCAGCAGGAUGGAGAAAUCCUAUUGGACAAUGAACCACUGAAGUCUUAUGACCACCGUUUCCUCCACAAGAAGAUUGCAGUGGUGAGCCAGCAGCCUGUGCUCUUCUCAGGCUCCAUCAGAGACAACAUCGCCUACGGGGUUGCUGAAUGCUCAUUGGGUGAGAUCCAGGAAGCAGCACGCAAAGCCAACGCCCAUGACUUCAUUAACCAACUGGAGAAAGGAUAUGACACAGAGGUGGGUGAGGGUGGCGGGCAGUUAGCCAAAAGCGAGAGGCAGCGGAUCGCCAUUGCUCGAGCCCUGGUCAGACAGCCACAGGUCCUCAUUCUGGAUGAAAUUACCAGCUCUCUGGACCCUGAGAGCGAAAAUAAGAUUCAGCAGGCCCUGGCUAGUUGUCCCAACCAGACCCUGCUGGUGAUCGCUCACAGGCUGAAGACCAUUGAGAAGGCCCAUCAGAUUGUCCUGAUCGGGGACGGCCAAAUUCAGGAACGAGGGACUCACCAGGACCUGAUGGAGGAGAAGGGGAGAUACUACAAACUGAGAGAGAAGCUGUUCACCGAGGGAAACUCCCCUCAAUGACAGACAGCUGCCACUGAGCAGAGGCUCAAUGUGUGGAAGAUAAUUGUUCUGUAUAUAAAUGCAGCAUGUAUUUAUUUUGUAAAUAUUGAAAAAGAAAGAAUGGGCCUCUACGUUGUUUUAGUUAUAUUCUGUAAUGUGGCCUAAUAGUUUACUUUAAAUCGUAUUUUGAUAUCACCUUUUGUAUUGUAAAAAUCCUUAAAUUCAAUACAUUCCAUUUUCUCAUAGAUGCGUGACCACUAUCAUUUUGUUCCAUUUCAUGUCCUUGUAUAAAUGUUUGACAUGACAGCACAACGUUGGGCUAUAAAAUAUUCCUUUAUUAUCAGACCGGCCAAAGGUUAUCUCACAGGUGUGUCUAAAUAAAAGGUUGAUCACCAGUAUCAGACGUUUUGAUUAUUGUCUCAGUUAACUCCUGCUAUAACAUCAGUCAAACCAUAUCUAAAUGUUUUUGAGUUUUUUUUCAAACUAUUUGUCACAUAGUUAUAUAUAUGUCCUUUUACUAAACAUUCAUGGGAUAAAAUUAAAUCCAGAGCAGUGUGUUAUGUACAGUACAACAAUGUGCAUUUAGGAUAUGUUUUCUUUUUUAUCAUAUAUCAUUGUGUUUUUUAUUCAUUUCUGGUUUUAAGCUGCUCAAACACAAUGGAGACUUUGUUUUAUUGUCAGAGCUGACCUGGAAAGUCCCUGGCAAGAAGCCCUUUUUUUUUUCUGGCAAUGAGGCCGUUUCGAAAGAUUCCUGAUGAUAUGUGUCAUAAACAUCAGAGGCACAGGGAAGUGAAAUGCAGCAUUCUGUCAAAACAGCAAUCGCCUCUAUCAAAGAUUAGGCUUAGUUCAUAAAACAUUGAGCACCAUUUUGUAAGGACACGUGUGUGCAUCAACAAAAUGGUGACUGGAUUCACGAGCCACGUUUGGUAAUUUUGUUUCUCCUGCAGUUUAAUGAGUUUCAUGCACAGUUAUAUUUAAAAUAUCUCAAGUUCAGAAAAGUUUUUCCCAGUAUUUGCUUGCAUUUUCUUAAUUUAUAAUCAAGUUAUUUUCAUGUUCUAACUGUCACUGGAUGAUUAAUCAUGCUUCUCUAUGAAACUGCAUCUGCUGUUUUUUUUUUACAUCUUGAAAAAAAGUUUAGUUUAGUGGUAGGGCUGAAAACGAAACUAUUUCUCAUUGUUAUUCUUUAUAACCAGACAGUUAGGAGAUACCAUCGGGCAUGGUGACUCAUCAGUUAACCUGUCAGCUUUGUUUGCCGCCUGCGGGUUAUGCAGGAGGGCACAAAGUGGAAGAGCAGAUGCCAAAAUGUGGCGCCAUUUUAGGAUGAGACCUUUAGAAACCUAAACACCAAAUGGCAGACAGUCACAGUGGACAUAGAAAGUCAGAAAAUGUAGAAUAAGAGGCACAUAAAACAUGAUAUAGUGAGAGGCUGUAUCCAUUGCUGUGGGUAAAAACCUUCGUUAAUCCCCAAACCUCAGUAUGCACCAUAUAUUCUGUGUAUGUGAUGUUUUUGGAUGUGCUUUUGUGCCAAGAGGCUUUUGCAUAACCAGCUCUGCACCAUAGCGCCGCAUCGCCACUGCCUAGCUGGAAAGUCCUUUCUCUUCUUUCUUUCUUUCACUUUCUGCCUUUCCUGCACUGUGUAUUUAGUUACUCCUCCACAUCACAGCCAAGGUCUUGUAACUCAAAGCAUUGUGGUGUGAUUGACACGCUUCUGCCAUUUUACCCAUUCAGAGCAACAGUUAGAUGGAUUUGGUUAGGUGACACUUUGACGGAGCAAGUUUUAAGUGAAUAAAGUGUGUCUGUGUUUUCCUUCAACAGUGCCAAAGGGCCAGAGUAGAUGUAUGCUUUUUCAACGGAUUAUACAGUAUGUGUUUGUUUUUUUCAAUGUUACUGUUAUUCAAAUCCUAAUCUGUAAAUAAAAAAUUUUAAUGU